CCGCUGCAGCUUGCUUGCUUGCGGAGGAAUUGGCACGCGAGCGAAGCAUGCUCGUCUGGAAGCGGAGCAGGCCUCGUGCGGCCCGGCUGGCAGCCGCUGCCGUCCCCCAGACGCCGGCUCGGGCGCGGUGCUGCCUGCAGCCAGACGCGGCUCUGCAAAGCCAGCCAAGGCUCAGCCCCCCGCCAACGCCGGCCAAGGCCCGACCAGCGAUGUGGCUCCCCUGCGCGUCCCCGGCAUGAAGGCCUCGGAGGAUGGACGCGAUGUCGUUCAAGAAGGAGACACCACUUGCAAAUGCAGCAUUUUGGGCUGCAAGGAAGGGAAACCUGGCUCUUCUUCAGCUACUGCUGAACAGCGGACGUGUGGAUGUAGACUGCAAAGACAGUCUUGGUACAACAACUCUUAUGGUAGCAUCGUACUACGGCCACAAGGAGUGCGUCCGAGAAUUGGUGCUACAAGGAGCUGACAUCAAUCUUCAAAGAGAGUCUGGUGCCACUGCCCUAUUCUUCGCUGCUCAACAAGGUCACAAUGAUGUGGUGAAAUUUCUGUUUGAGUAUGGAGCCUCCACAGAAUUUAAAACCCAAGAUGGAGGCACUGCACUGCUAGCUGCUUGUCAGUAUGGGCACAUGAAAGUAGCAGAGACCUUGCUGAAGCAUGGUGCCAACAUUCAUGACCAGCUUUACGACGGAGCGACUAGCGUGUUUCUGGCUGCCCAAGGAGGCUACCUGGAUUUAAUUCGGUUAUUACUGUGUUCAGGAGCUAAGGUCAACCAGCCAAGGCAGGAUGGGACAGCUCCAUUGUGGAUAGCCUCUCAGAUGGGUCACAGCGAGGUAGUGAGAGUAAUGCUGCUCCGCGGAGCAGACCGAGAUGCUGCACGAGACGAUGGCACAACUGCUUUGUUUAAAGCAGCAAACAAAGGUUAUAGUGGCGUUAUAGAAGAAUUGCUUAAAUUUUCCCCUGCACUGGGUUUACUAAAGAAUGGAACCUCAGCUCUCCAUGCAGCCGUGCUUGGGGGCAACGUCAGAGCCGUAGCGCUACUCUUGGAAGCAGGAGCAGAUCCUUUCCUGAAGAACAAGAAAAAUGAACUACCUUCAGAUCUGACGAAAAACGAGCGCAUCCUACGGCUUCUGCAGUUCCGGGGAAAGCACAGAAAGAGCUAGCACAAGAUCACGCUUGGAAGAGAAGCCUUGCCUAAUGCUAACCCUCGAGCAAAGCUAGUAUUCCUGCAGAACUAGAAAUGUCUUGCUGAGACCUGAACAUAUCUGAAGGGUAUUCGAUUAAAAGAGAUACUUAUUAGCAGAGAUGCGGAAGCAGCAUCCAGUGGGAAAGAAAAGAGCCAGAGAUACCUUGAGUUGCUUUAUAUAAAAGUUUACUAAUUUAAAAGGGGUAGGUAUGAUUACAUGGAAUAAAACAAAUAAGUGCUGUACUGCUCUGUUACAUGCUUACAGUGUUAACUAUACACCUAAGACAGUACCUUGCUCAUCCUUCCUACUUCUCUCUUUCCACGUGGUCUUCUCUGCUGAAACAAAGAAAACAAGUUAACUUUAUACCUGCUGAUGUAUGUGCUCACGAACGUGUAAGCAAUGGCUAUCUGAC